AUGUAUUAUACAAAAACGUGUAUAUGGGAAGUUGAAAAUUCUAAUAUUGAUGACAGCAGCGAUGAUUCUGUAGUUCGACAUUUAUCAUUAAAACGUAAAAAUCGAUCUGAAAGUUAUGAAGAGAAUAACAAUUGUACUACUUGUAAUACUGAUGGAGUCAUCACAUUAUCAACCGUCAAAUUGAAGAAGAAUACGCCUAAAAUAAAUUCUUUUAUAGAUAAAAUAAGCGAGACGGAGCAUUCAAAAUUAGACGAAGCUUUAAGUUAUUUCUUUUUUAAAAAUAUCGAUUGCACAACAUUUUUGGAGAUAAUUGGUGUAAUAAAAGCUGGAAGCAACACAUUGUUUAUUAAAUCAUGGAGCUUUAAAGAUGAAAAGGAUUAUUCAGAUAACUACUUUAAAAUGGUUGAGGAAUCAAAUGUGAUUAUACUUAAAAAAUAUGAUUUAUCAAUUUAUAGUGUCGUAUCCUUUGUUAAUAUUUUAACAAUUGAUAAUACUCGUGAUUCUACUUUAACAGUAACACCUACUUGUAAGUCUACUGUUAAAUGGCAUUUGACAUGCUAUUUAGAAACUGUGGACACGUUGACUACAUCAAUCCAGGACGAUGUAUUGGACAUUAAAGUGAAUCGUUUGUUAAAUAAAUUGAAGGAUACAAAUGUUGAAAGCGAAAUAGUGAAAAGAAACGGAGAUAAAAAAUCUCAACUCAAAGAAGAUGUUUUUGAGCAUUCCUAG